UCGCGUGGAACAAUCGCUGUAAGAAAGAAAACUUCUGGUAUUAAAGCGUAUCUGAGAGGAACUUUGUUCUUAUUUAUUUAAUAUAAAAGAAAUUUAAUCACUGUAUUUAAUUAAUAAGAUAACAUAAUUGAAAAAAGUGCUUUUUCUGGAUGGUUGAGUUAUGAAAAUAAGAACUGAAUGGAACAGAGUUUUGACAAUUCGAAACACUUUUCCAGCACUUCUAUUUAUGUGUUUAUUUCUUUUUAUUUUGCAAAAUUAUUUGGAUUCAAAUGUGUCUUUAUUUAACAGGAUGGAAAGAGAUUAUUCUAGUAAAGGAUUUAACGUUCGGUAUAUGAGCAAUUUUAAAGAAUUUGAAGAAAAACUUUCGAGUCAAAAUAAUAAAAAUAAUAAUAUCGAGGCGAACAUUACUUCACAUGCUAACAAUUUUACUCGGAAGUUACCGAACGCAAUCAUAAUUGGAGUGAAAAAAUGUGGAACGCGUGCAUUACUCGAGUAUCUAAGACUUAAUCCAAAUAUUAAAGCUGCAGGACCGGAGCCUCAUUUCUUUGACAGAUAUUAUCAUUUGGGACUUAAUUGGUACAGACAAAAGAUGCCAAAGACACAUGAUGGACAGCUAACAAUUGAGAAAACUCCGAGAUAUUUCAUCACAAAAGAAGUGCCAGAAAGGAUUUAUAAUAUGUCUAAAUCUAUCAAACUGAUACUAGUUGUGCGAAAUCCAGUUACUCGUGCAAUUUCUGAUUUUACACAAGCUGUAAGUAAAGGAGAAUACAACAGCAAUGUUACAUUUCAAAGCAAAGCUAUACGCCGUAACGGAACCGUAAACAUGAAAUGGUCAGCUGUAAACAUAGGUCUUUAUGUAAAUCAUUUAAAACGAUGGUUAGAAUAUUUUUCGAUGGAAAAUAUACAUAUUGUUGACGGUGAAAAGUUAAUAACAAAUCCUGUGCAGGAAUUAAAUGCUGUUCAAGAUUUCUUGGAAGUACCAAGAGAAAUUUCAGACAACGCCAUCUAUAUGAAUGCGUCUAGGGGAUUUCCUUGCAUCUUAAAACAAAACAAUACACCACCUUUCAAAUGUUUUAGAGGCUCAAAGGGAAGGCAUCACUCUUAUGCCAACUCAAACACCCUUACAACAUUGCAUCAGUUCUAUAAACCUUAUAACAUUAAGUUUUAUCAAAUGGUUGAUAAACAUUUUGCUUGGUAAAUUAAAGUUCUUGUGUCUGGUUUAAUAAAUACAAUUUGAUAAAAGAUAAUUUAUCGUUGAUGUAAAAAUAUGGAAAAGAGGUGAUCCCUCUGAAGCAACAAACACAACAAUAUUAUAUUAUAACUGAAACUCGGUUUAAUUGAAAUGUGAUACGUCUAUCAUACCCCUAGUAAACCAAAUGAUUUUGGAAAGUAAACAAAUGUCAGCUUUCAGGAAACAUUAGAUUCCCACAUGUCUAUAUGUUAUUGAACACAUAGUUUUGUGGGUAACAGUAAAAAUAUCAUCCCGAGGAAAAUACUGUUACCCGAAGCGUGAGCCGUUUACCCUGAAAAAUAACUGUGAUGUU